UGGUCCGCCAAACGACACACUCGUUGCUAUACAUAACAAAUCUUGUUUAGAAUUGUUUUUAAUUUAAUUUAUGAGCGAGUUUGUAGUUAUCUCGAGUGGUGUGAUUGUUGUUUUAUCCUUGAGCUGAAGUUGGAGAUGCCGGAGAAAAUGUCGGACAGCAAGAGUAAAACCAAGAGGCCUAGGCUUUCCAGCGAGGAGUCCUACAGCAGCUCUACCAGCACGUCAUCCAUGAGUUCUUCGUCCGACGAAGAAACGGAUGCCAAGGAUUUAAAACCCAUAGGCGAAUAUCUAACUAAUAGAACGGAACUUGCUGCGCAACUUUUCAAAUCUGUCAAAGCAGAAAAGAUCCGUAUGAUGCUACCACAAAUCAUGAAGAAAAUGGAUCUUGAUGAACUGCAAGAGUGGUGUGCUGCUGAAUUGACGGGCAUGUCAAAAAAGAGGAUCAUGUGUUGUAUAAAUGAUAAACCAAUGUUGGAAUCUUCAGAAACGGACGAGUCAGAUGACUCAGGUCCUUCUCUUGAGAUUAUUUCUGAUACAGAGUGGAUAAGCGAAGAUGAACCUAGUGUGAAAGUUGAAGGAGUAAAGUCAAAGAAUAAAAAAGAUUCUAAGAAGCCAAAGAAAAAAGUUUCAGUGCAAAAAAAUCAAGAUGCCACAAAGAAAUCCAAAUUGAGAACGAAAGUUAAGGGAAAACCGGAAACGGAUGGUAAAUCACAAGUUAAAAUCAAAACAGAAAAAAUAAAAACAGAAAAGAUAAAAACGGAAGAUAAACCGAAAGCAAAAGAAAAAGAAGGUGAAAGUCUUUUAGAUCUUUUAGAGCUGGAAAUGAGAGCAAGAGCCAUCAGAGCUUUGAUCAGAAAAGAAGCAGGUGUCUCUAGCAAAGUAGAUGCACCUAAGACUAACGCGGAACCUGGAACGUCAUCCGACCAAAGUGCCAAGGCUAGACAAGUCAAUCUAAAAGAGCAACUAGAAAAAAUUGAUGUCCUCAUUAAGCACGGAGAUGAUGAAGAUGUUUUUGUAGUUAUUCAGCCAGCUCCCACUAUCGAGUUACUUUCCAGUGAAAGCGAAAAUGAGGACCACUCUAAGCGUGUUAAUAAAAAGUUAGCGACUGAAAGACGAUCUGAAAGUGAAAAUGUCCAAGAGCAACCGAAUAAAAAUCCAUAUGCAGAUGCAACCAAAAAUGCGAGCAUUAAUCAAGAUACUAGUGCUAACAAAGAAAAAGACAAGACGAAUGAAGCGAGCACUAGUAAAAUAAAAGAUAAAGAUAUCGUUAGUAAAAAGGUAGAAAAUCGAAAAGAAAGUUCCAGUUUGCCAAUGAGUGUUACUGAAAACAAUGCAGAUGAUAAACAAGAACAAUCAAAUAAGCCUAACGAAGAACUUGAAGAUGGAGAAAUCCUUGAUGACGGAGAAGAUGUCGGAAUUUCUAGUCAAAAAGCAAAUAAUUCCAAUGAAGACGUGACUCUCAACAAGAUUAAAAAAGUGAAGAAAAACCUACACAUACGUUCCAGAAGAAAGAGCAAAGAUAAUGAUAUUUUUGAUUUGGAGUCUGAAACUUUGAAUAAAAAAGUGAUUAGAUCAAGGAAUGAAAAUAGCAAGAUUCAAAAUGUCCAGGUCAAUACUAUUGCAGAUGAGCCGAUAGAGAUCGAAGAAUCACCAAGAAGAGAGACUGAAGUAGAAAAAAUAGGAAAAUCUAAUGAGGAAAGCAUACAAAUUGAUCUGGACGAUGAUAAAUCCUUGGAUAUAGAGGAGAUUAUCAACUUGGACGAUUACCCUGAUGACAUGGAUAUCAUAGAAAAAAAUGAAACUAACGAUGAUGAGCCGGAAAGUGAAAAAACAACGAAUUCUGACAUCAAGGCAACAGAAAAAACCGCUUCUUCAUCGACUCAUUCGGAAACCUGGGCAACACGCUAUGUUAAGCAAGACGACGUUCAGAAUGUGAUAAAAGAAUCAAAAAUACAGUCCGAAAUACGUAAGAGAUUAAGAGAAAGACAGAGGCAGAGUAAAAUGAACAAUUCUCCAAAGAUGAAAGAUAAUGAAGUAUUACAGCCAAGUUCCGAGUAUGAAAUGCAGAAACCUACAGGUUCUGUCGAAGAGUAUUUGGCAUUGAAGGCUCUCCAAUCCAAUGAAAAAAUAAUUGGUAUUUCCGAAGAUAGUACGAACAGCACUGGCUCUUCUAAGUCUUUAGUACUAAGUGAGUCACUUUCAAGUACAAAUACUGCAAUAGAAAAAAAAUCUGUGAGCGAAAAUCAAUUUACAGAGAUAGCAAAAAAAUCGGACAAGUUACAUUCGAAUGCUACUGCAGAAAGUAUUUUUUCAAAGGACAAAUACAAAGAAGCACAGAAAAAAACUAAUAAAGAAGUAUUUGUCAGUGAAACCGCUACUAAUAUUGUGGAGGAUAGCAUUGAUAGCACUAUCUUUUCUAGCCCUACAGUAAGGGGUAAGUCACCAUCGAGUAAAAAUACAGUGAUAAAAACACAACCCACAGAUGAUGUAAUUACAGUGAGUACGGCAAAAGAUCCAGAAAAAUUGAAUCUCGCAGCAGCUGCAAAACGUGAUUUGAAAAAAAUGGAACGCAAAGCAGCGGAAAAAAAAACCAAGCAGAAAAAAUCACCCCGAAAAAAAAUCACGAAUAUUUCAGAGGAUCGUGCAAAUAGUACAAGCUCUGCCAAAUUUCUGGUUCAGAGUGAAAGUGAAAACAUCAAAGUAAAACUAGAGUGUGUACCGGUAAGUAAUAGUUCAUUGGUACAGGUGGCGAUGGAAUCAGAAAAAUUUGAUGUCAAAGUUGAAAGUAAUCCGCUGAAAGAAAAAAACGAAGCGACGAACGAACAAACUGAGCCUAAAGUACUAGACAGUGAAAGUGUUGCUAAAGAUAGUGCCAACAGCACUAGCUAUCCUAAAUCUCCAGUCCAGAGUGAGUCUCUUUUGAGUGAAAGUUUGUUGGUAAAAAAAGAAUCUGUAUCUACCAGCAACGACACACUAUCAGAGGUGGUUGAAGAAUCAAAUGUAAAUACUGUAUUAAAAAGUGAACAAGCGAAUAAAGGACUCAUUGAGCAAGUAUCAGUGAUUGAUGAAAUCAAAAAAGAAAUCAAGGAAGUGCCAGACGAGGAAAACGAACUAGCCACAGUUCUUAGUACGAUAGUUUCAAAUGAAGAAGCAAAACUGGAUUGUUCGGAACCGGGUGAUGGUGGUAAUGAUGGCACAGGCUACCCGGCAA